CUGUCUGUCCAUCUUUCCGUCUCUGCUCUUGCACUCCCUCUUUCUCCAUCGCCCUCUCCCAUUCGCUCAUGUUUCUCCCUCCUUUUCCCCUUUCUUUCUUUCCCUUUCCUCCUCCUUGCCUGCCUCCCUCUCUCCAACUAGCAGCAGUUGUCAGUCUUUUUCCAGCUCUCUCUCUCUCCCCCUCUGUCCUGACGUCACUCCCUGUUUGCAUAGCUAUUGUCUUACAGUGGCUGCAGCAGCACUGGCAGCAGCCCCUCACCAGAUUUUUAGUUUUUCACUCCCUCCUUUCUCUCGCAUCUCUCCGGGAAAGACUCUCCCUCUCUCCUCUCAUUAGUGAAUCCUACAGUGGAAUGAGAAGUGAGAGAGUGACGGAGAGGAGAGGAUGACAAGGAGGAUAUAGACUGCAGAGAGAGGAGAGAUGCAGUAGCUAGCCACAACCACAUCUCCAUGUCCGGAUUUCACCACAGCUUGCCGUUGCUGUGAAGGAUUUCUGCUUGUUUUUAUUCUGUGUUUAUGUAGUUUUAGAUUUAGUUCUCCAAAAGGCCCCCUGUUUUUUGGCGGCAGGACUAGCUGAGCGUGUAUGUGCGUUUCGGAGGUGGGCUUUUAAAGCAGCAACGGAUAGCGGAGCUGGGGCAUCUGGCCGUCUGGGAGGCAGCGACGGCCGGCUGGCUGCAUUGUGUUGCUUUGAUGACCCCCGCUGUGUAGCUGCCUGCUCAUCAACCUCCCCUCUCUCUCUCUCUCACCCUCCCCUUUCUCUCUCCUCUCCUUCCUCCUUCUCCUCCUCCUCUCUCUCCAUCACAGCUCCCGGUCCAGCCAUGUUCGGCACAGAGUCCUCAUUAAGCAUGUUUCUCAACACCUUGACGCCCAAGUUCUACGUGGCUCUGACGGGCACUUCUUCCCUCAUAUCAGGACUCAUAUUGAUCUUUGAGUGGUGGUAUUUCAGAAAAUAUGGGACCUCCUUCAUAGAGCAGGUGUCUGUGAGCCACCUGCGCCCUCUGCUGGGUGGAGUGGACAGCAGCUCUCCCAGUAACUCAAACACCAGUAAUGGGGAGGCCGACUCAAAUCGGCAAAGUGUGUCUGAAUGUAAAGUAUGGAGAAAUCCGUUGAAUUUAUUUCGUGGAGCCGAAUAUAAUCGGUAUACAUGGGUAACGGGUCGAGAGCCGCUGACAUACUACGACAUGAACCUGUCAGCACAAGAUCACCAAACCUUCUUCACCUGCGACUCAGACCACCUCCGGCCUGCUGACGCCAUCAUGCAGAAGGCGUGGAGGGAAAGAAACCCACAAGCUCGCAUCUCUGCAGCACAUGAAGCUCUAGAGCUUGAAGAUUGUGCGACAGCAUACAUCCUGCUGGCAGAGGAGGAGGCCACCACCAUCAUGGAGGCUGAGAGAUUGUUUAAACAAGCACUAAAAGCUGGUGAGGGCUGCUAUCGCCGCAGCCAACAGCUUCAACAUCAUGGUACACAGUAUGAAGCCCAGCACAGAAGAGACACCAAUGUGUUGGUGUAUAUAAAGAGGAGACUGGCCAUGUGCUCGAGAAAGCUUGGCCGAACACGAGAAGCAGUUAAAAUGAUGAGAGAUUUGUGUGUUUUCCAGUUAAUGAAGGAGUUCCCUCUCCUCAGUAUGUUCAACAUCCACGAGAACCUACUGGAGUCACUACUAGAGCUCCAGAACUACGCUGACGUCCAGGCCGUUCUGGCCAAGUACGACGAUAUUAGCUUACCCAAAUCUGCAACAAUAUGCUACACAGCAGCCUUGCUCAAAGCCAGGGCGGUAUCGGACAAGUUCUCUCCAGAGGCAGCGUCCAGGCGAGGGCUCAGCACAGCAGAGAUGAACGCAGUAGAAGCCAUCCACAGAGCGGUGGAGUUCAACCCUCACGUCCCUAAAUAUCUGCUGGAGAUGAAGAGUCUGAUUCUUCCUCCAGAACACAUUCUGAAGAGAGGUGACAGCGAGGCUAUCGCCUACGCCUUCUUCCACCUGCAGCAUUGGAAAAGGGUGGAGGGGGCGCUCAACCUGCUGCACUGCACCUGGGAGGGCACAUUCAGAAUGAUCCCCUAUCCUCUGGAGAAGGGUCACCUCUUCUAUCCUUACCCCAUCUGCACAGAGACGGCAGACAGAGAGCUGUUACCCACAGUGUUUCAUGAGGUGUCGGUCUACCCGAAGAAGGAGCUGCCCUUCUUCAUCCUCUUCACAGCCGGUCUCUGCUCCUUCACCGCCAUGCUGGCUCUGCUUACACACCAGUUCCCUGAACUCAUGGGAGUGUUUGCUAAAGCUUUCCUCAGCACGCUGUUUGCUCCUCUGAACUUCAUCAUGGAGAAGGUGGAGAGCAUCCUGCCGUCCAGCCUCUGGCACCAACUCACCCGCAUCUGACCCCGACCCACCGGACCAGAACCAGGACCAGCACCGAAAGCAGACCUCCAUCCGGACAGAAACAGCUGAACUGAAACCCAGAACGCUGCAUUGGACUAGACUGACACACCUUUGUGCCAAGACCAGAGUUCAAACCAAACAGAGAACAGACGAAGGAGGCGGGAAACAAAAAAAAGGCAAAACAGUGACAUCCAGAAUUGGUUUUGACUUUAUUUGAUAUGUUUGCAUUUUUUGGGUUUUCAAUCAUUUAAAGCUGUUCUUUUGUUGUACAAAAACAGGUGAUCAAUUGCCAUCAUUAAAAAAGUGAAAAGGAAAAAAAAUACAAUAAAGGACUUUUUGUGUAUUGCUGCAA